AUGAUCAAAAACAUAGGGUGGGAAGGAAAUGUUGAUCAGAGUGAGCUUCCUCCGAAUAUGGUCAAAUUGGUACUAUCGGAUGCUGUCUGUGAUCUCAGUACAAUACCAGGGGUCCAUGACCACAAUACUGUGGCUGCUAGCAGUGAUAACAAGGAUGAUUCCAUGGAAUUGGCGAGUGAAUCAGAUACAGGGUCGUCGGGACUGCCUUUCUGGGAAGAGCUAGGGCUGGACUUGGAACAGGAAAUCUGUGCUGUCGCUGAUGAGUUAAGUGAUACGGACCUGUGA